AUAAUUUACAAUUUUGUUUUCAAUUCUGAUAGUGUAUACUAAAUUCAAAAAUUGUUAUUUUAAAAUGGAUAUUCAAACAAUAACCCCACUUCAAUUUUCGGAAAAUGAAGAAAACUUUUCGGAGUUAUUAAAGGAUGCAACUUUCAGGAACAAAAUACCUUUGUUAAAUGUAAAUAAAUUAGAACAUUUGGGAAACUUAAAAUUGGUCAGAUUUCAUGGCAUGAUUCAAGAUAUGCAUUCUCCUGAGUACUAUUUGGAAAAAUUUGAAGUAGUGAAUGAAAAUACAAAAGAGAGUUGCUGGGUUAAUGGAAAAUAUAGGGAGUGUAUCAGAGUGAAAGAAAACAAGCAAAUUAAUUUUCAUAACGAUUCUAAUAUUACUUCUGAAAGGCAGACAUUUGUGGUUAUAUCAAUACCAGCAAAAAACAGUUGGGUAAGAUCUGUAGAAGAAAAGCAUACAAUCCAACCUACAAAAUAUGUUGCUGCAAACAUGUCUAGUGGUAAAAGAAUUCAUGAAGAAUGCAUGGAUGCCGAAGAAAUAAUUGGUCCCUCUACUAGCAAAAAUUCGGAGAGUAAGAAAGUCUGUAGUGAAUCAACUCAGUCUGUAGAAAAUAAACCAGUCUCAAGUCAGAAAAAUGAUAUAUUUCCACUUUCAGAUACAUUGAUAAAUGAUCAAAAUCAAGUGUUUCACAUUAAAUUGUAUAAAGAUCAAGAUCAAUUAAAAAUCAAUGAUGUUUGUGAGUUUGUUGGAUUUUUAGAUAUAGAUCCAUCAACAAAUGCAAAUAUGUGUAAUGGUGAUAUGGAAACUGAAGAGUCAACAUGUUUUAUACCAAAGAUUCACUGUGUACAUUUUACAAAAUUGAAGCAUAAUAACCCUUUAGUGAAUAGUGAAAUAAAUCAUGCAAGCAAAGACAAUUUUAAUAUAGUACGUAAAGAUUUACUACUUGUGUUAACACAGUUACUUUUAGGGGAUUCAUUAACUGCAGAAUAUUUACUUUUACACCUUCUGUCUGAAGUAUAUUUGAGGAGAGAUGGUUUAGCACUUGGAAAAUUGUCUUUAAAUAUAUCUAAUGUACCUAAUCUUCCUAAUGUACAUUACCCAAGUGAAUUAUAUAAGUUUAUAGAAAAACUAGUAACAAAAAGUCUUUAUUUUCCUAUGACUUUAGAAAAUCUAAAUGAUUUGACUUUUAUUCCUAAAAAAGACUAUGAUCUGAACUAUUUGUCUUCAGGUGUGCUUCAGUUAAGUGACAAUACUCAUUUUAUACUUGAUGAAAUCAAAUUAACUCCAGGAAAACUGAAUGAAUCUGGUAUAAAUAAUGUCAAAGCGAUUUCUUCUGCUAUUAAACAUCAGACAGUUUCAUAUGAUUUUAAAUUUUAUCCAUUGGAGUUUCAUUGUGAUAUACCCUUCCUUGUAUUAUCAGAGGGUAAGUCCAUGGUUUAUAGUGAUGUCCACAUUGCUUUACAACCAGACGAAAUAUGUAUUAAUACUUUUAAAGAAAUAGUUGAAGCUGCUGAACAUUUUCUUAAACCUGAUUUAUUAAAUGAGAUUAGAAAAUAUUUAACUCUUGCAAGAAUGACUGAGUACAUAAUUACAGAAGAGGUAGAGAAUUUCAUACAGAAUGAGUUUGUGAAAAUGCGGCAAAAUAGAAGUGAAACCACUGCAGACGAUCUACACAAUAUGCUCAUCUUAGCAAGACUAAUAGCUAUAUCAGAGGGGAAAUCUGGUUUGGAUGAGGCUUCUUGGAAGAAAGCUUCUGAUAUGGAAGAACAAAGAAGGAAUAGAAUUAAAUAAUGUGUAGUUUUUGU